AUGAUGCGGCGUGGACUCUAUGUGGGGUGGCUUGGCCUUGCCUUUGCAGGGUUCCUGGAGUGCGACUGGGAUGCGGAGUGGCGGAGCUUCCGUGAGAGGCUGAAACGGAAUGCAGCUGCCGGCUACCCGGAGGAUGAGGCCUUGGCGGAGCAAGCGGGGUCGCUGUUGCAGGCCAAUUGGGAAGCCUUGCAGCCAAAGGAGGAGGCCCUCUAUGGCAUGUCCCUCGCGAUGCAAAGCUUCUUCGCCAGCUGCAACACCCGGCCCGGGACUGUGGAGGAACUCAGGGAGCCCUUCUGUCUCUAUGGGGUGGUGUCGGCCCUCUGGGUGUCUGCGCGGCACCAUCCCAAGAGCAAGAAGCAGUUCCUUCGGCACGCCCAGUUUUUGCUUGGAGACGUUUUUCGAGGCGCACUGGACUUUAUGGAAGGCUCUGGCUGGCCUGUAACAUCCCUGGACAUCUUGGCCAACUUGGAGCGUGACCAAUUCAGGCUUCCACAGCACUUGCGAGGUCAGUAUCACUCUCCUUCGAGUGAGCCUCGGCAACCAGAUCUUCCACAGGAGCCCAUUUUAACUGUUUGGGAGAUGGGUGUUCAUGCCACGCUGUCUGCUGAGCCUCUGCAGAUGUGGGCACGUAUCUUGACAAAUGUCAAGCUCCGACACCGGAACCUCAUUCAAGACCAGUAUCCGAAAUGGCUUCCAAACCGCUGCGCCACUCUAUACCAGCAUCCUCGGCUGGUAUGCGACGAAGAGAAGGACGAAAUUACCGACCUAUUCAGGACGCGCAUUCCGCACAGUGCUGUCUCCAAGGAUCCCAUCGAACACAUGGAGUCUUUUGAGUCGGACUUUCGACAUGUUGCUGCUGGUCGCUUGCGACACGUAAGCCUCUUCCUUUGCACUGUCGCGUAUCUUUGCCUUCUGGUCGAGUCCCUUGAUGUGCCCACAGUGGGAUACUUCGGACAUCCGCUUCUCUUCAUGGUUCCAGAGGACUCAGCAACACGAGAGUCGUACUGGAGGCGCUUCUCCAGCAUGGCCAGGACCAAGUCUGUCGAGUUUGCAGUGAGCGAUCCUUUCCUCCAGAUGCAGUAUGAGUAUCAAAUUGGUGCUCCGCGUCUGCCGGCCAUCCGCACCCAUGCGCUCUACACUGGUGCGACCCACUUCCCUCGCCGCUUGGAGGAGGUGCUGGUGCUUGAUCGGCCGCACGAGUCCGUGCUCAUGUGCCUCCUCCGACGUAGUAUGACCGAUCUUGCGUCCGGAGAUGUAGCUGGAGCGCCUUCUGCCGGAAGCCUCUCGGAGUCCGCAUCUUCUGAGGACUGGCCGACCGCGGAAGGCAGGCUGCGGGCGGCCGUCAGCCCAGGCUUUCCCUUCCGUUUUGUGACGCGUGCACUGACCGACAAGCAGUUCAGCACCUUCGCGCAGUUUCGCGCAGUCGUGCUGUGGCCGUAUGACAUGGACCUUAUUACUUUCUACGAGUUCUACAGCAUGAAUAUGCCCAUCUUCAUGCCCUCCUCCCUGCCCAAGUAUCUCUUCCAGCAAGAUCAUGGGGCCUAUGACUAUCGCUGGGCUGGAAGAAAGGUGAAGCCUGGGCAGACACCACUGUGGCCCGAGACCACCGCCGCAUCACCGUUCCAGGAGAGGUCAAUCGAGGCGGUGCAUCACAUACUGCCCUUCACUGACUACUUCCGGUUCCCGCACGUUAUCUACUUCGAGUCAAUACCGGACCUGUUGAAGAGGCUGCCUCAGACGAACUGCUUCGAAGUGACGCAGGCAAUGGCAAGUUUCAAUCAAGAUUCGCUGAUGCAGACGUCGGCUACUUGGCGGGGUCUGCUAGGACGCGUCAGCGUCCCCAUUUCAGUAUAG